AUGGACGCGCCCACAGCCCUCGCGCGCCUCGGCUCCAUCGACUUCACCGCCCUCGCGCGCGACGCCGGCGCAUCAGCGGCGCUUCUCGAGGACUACAAGAAGUUUCUCGCGCUCAAGGCGGCCACCUCUGACUUUGACGCCGUGCUCCUGUCUCCCUCACCACGCGUCGACGAGGUGUGGCACGCGCACAUUCUCGACACCCGCGCCUACACGGCGGCCUGCGAGGCGAUGCUCGGCGCCGGCGGGUUCAUCCACCACGACCCGCACGGCGGUGACGAUGCCGCCGCCCGUGACGCUCGCCUUCGCCGCACCAUCUUCGUCAAGGAUCUGACCGGCAAGACAAUCACGCUCGAGGUCGAGCCGUCCGACUCGGUCGACAACGUCAAGGCGAAGAUCCAGGACAUGGAGGGCGUCCCACCCGACCAGCAGCGCCUGGUCUUCGGCGGGGCGCAGCUCGAGGAUGGCCGCACGCUCUCCGACUACAACAUCCAGCGCGAGUCGAUGCUGCACCUCAUUCCGCGCCUCACCGGGUGCUAG